AUGUUUAUAAAAUCUCAUCCGGAUUAUGCAAGAAAAUCAAUUCACGGUGAUUAUAGUUUGUGGGUGGAAAAUGCUCUGAGGGUGGAAAAAGGUUUACCGAGCGGUUUAUGUCCAGAAUCACCUGGAAUAUGUCCACCGGUUAAAUAUCGGGAUUAUCGAGGUUAUUGCAAUAAUGUCAGGUAUCCCGAAGCUGGUUCGAAAGGGACAGCUUUUCUUAGAUUGAUGACGUCAUCUUACAAAGACGGUGUGACGAUUCCAAAACGAUCAACGGACACGCAUUAUUUACCCAGCGAAGAAGAAAUAAUAACAAUAAUAAAAACAAAAAAAUAUCAUCAAUAUGUCAAUCCCAUGAUUGGAAUGUGGAGCGAAUUAAUUAAAAAUGAUAUUUCUUUAACGUCAAAUCCUAGUAUCAUUGAUUGCUGCGGUCGAGAUUCGCAACAUCCCGAAUGUUUUCCAAUAACUUUAAAUGAAAAAUGUCAAUCGUAUUCAAGAUCUUUACCAGUUUUAGAAAAUUGCACAUUUAAACAAAGAGAACAAAUGAAUUUAGCAACGUCUUACAUAGACGGAUCUGAUUUAUACGGUACGAAAGAUGAUGAUAAUAGUAAUAUAAGAUCGUAUAAAAAUGGUCAAGUCAUUAUAAAAAAUUGUCAAAGAUGUAACGGAGACGGAGCUUUAUCAUCGUUAUAUACGGCUUUAUUAAAUCAUCACAAUAACGUGGCACUUGAAUUGUCGAAAUUAAAUCCACACUGGAGCGAUACAAUAAUUUAUCAAGAAACUAAAAAAAUAGUCGUGGCAGAAAUACAACACGUGACGUACAACGAAUUUUUACCAGUGAUUUUAGGGGACGAAGCCGUUGAAAUAAAAGAUUUAAAAUUAGUUCAACAAGGAUUUUACGAUGGUUAUUCUAGUCAGUACAAAGGAAAUACCAUAAAUGAAGUUGCCACGUCUAUUUUUCCAAUUUUCCGUACGAUGUAUUCCGAUGAUUGGGCUAAAGCAUUCAACGGAAGUAAAUUACCAACGACAAACGUCAUAAGUAAAAUUUUAUCAUUACCGGCAAUGUUACCAUCGAUACGAGCCUACGAUUUACAUAAGAGUAGAGAUCAUGGAAUAACUGAUUAUUUAACUGCGAAAAAAUUUUGCACACAAAACAUUAACAACAACGCCCCUUCAUCACAAAUCGAAAAUCAAAUUGAUGCAUUAAAAAUUAUUUACAAGUAUCCAUCCGAUGUGGAUUUAAGCGUAGGAGGACUUUUGGAAACUCCUUUACCCGGAGCAUUGGUCGGCCCUACUUUUUCAUGUCUUUUAUCACGACAAUUUAUUAAUUUGAGAAAAAGCGAUAGGUUUUGGUAUGAAAAUGAUUUACCACCAACGUCAUUUACAAAAGAUCAAUUGGAAUCGUUGAAAAAAAUGACACUUUCUGGAAUUUUUUGCUCCGGAUUACCUUCUUUAGAUUACGUACAAUCAAAUUCAUUCUUACAAAAAGAUUCUUAUUUAAAUAGCGAAAUAGCUUGUUCCCUCCAGCCUAAAUUAGAAUUGGGACCCUGGAAAUCAGAAAAAAAAACAAACAUUCCACGUGAUGUGUUAAUGGACGUCGUGAGAAAAGCAGAAACCGAUGUUAAUUCAAGACAGAAAAAAGAAUACUUAAUGUGGACGAUGAAGGGUGGGGCUGAUCCGAAAUCUCCAGUUGGAAUGGCUGCAGCUUUUAAUAAAGCAACAAAAGAAGCUCUUAACAUGGCAAAUGUUUCUCUAUUAUACGAAUUCACGACCGAGGAAUUAUUUCAAUCUUUGGAAAAUACGAGAAAAAAACGACAAUUGAUCGAUCACAACGAUAAUUAUUUACGAUACCUUCCAUCGAUGGGAUUCGAACCUCCAGGAAAUUUCGUUGAUAAUUUCGAAGAUAUUGAUUUAACUGGAAUUUUACCACCGCCGAAAGAAUUCGAACCUGAAUGCCCGAACAGAGACGGUUCGGAAAUAUGUGACGAAACGACACCUUUUCGAACACACAGCGGAUAUUGUAAUAAUUUAAAAAAUCCAAAUCUUGGAAAAAGUUUAGCCACUUUUGCAAGAUUGUUACCGGCCAUGUAUGAAAACGGUGUAUCUAAGCCGAAAACUAUCGGAGUGAAAGGGGAUCCACUUCCUUCUCCACGUCUUAUAUCAACCAUGAUUCAUGCAGACAUCAGUAAUUUGCACAAUAGAUAUUCUUUGAUGUUGAUGCAAUUUUCUCAAUUUUUGGAUCAUGAUAUUACGUUCACUCCCGUACACAAAGGAUUUUUUACAUCGAUACCUGAUUGUCGUUCGUGUGAUAGUGCAUACACGGUUCACCCAGAGUGUAUGCCGAUUCCUAUACCUCCUGGAGACCCUCACUAUCCACAAAUUAAUCAAACGAGUGGUGCACCCAUGUGUAUUGCUUUUAUGAGAUCACUUCCGGGUCAACGAUAUCUCGGUCCUCGAGAACAAAUAAACCAAAAUUCAGCGUUUUUAGAUGCAGCUCAUAUUUACGGAGAACAUCAUUGUCAGGGUAGAGAGUUAAGAAGUGGAUUCGGUGGAAAAAUGAACGUAACGAGACAUCCUUCGGUGGGAAAAGAUUUACUACCACAAUCCCCUAUUCACCCUGAGUGCAGAUCACCUUCCGGUUAUUGUUUUAUUGCCGGCGACGGAAGAGCUAGCGAACAACCAGGUUUAACAGCCAUUCACACAGUUUUCAUGAGAGAGCACAAUAGAAUAGCUGAAGGUUUGCAAAAAGUUAAUCCCCACUGGGAUGAUAAUUUACUUUACGAGCACGCGAGAAGAAUAAUAUCCGCGACUUGGCAGCACAUCACGUACAAUGAAUAUUUACCAAGAUUAUUGGGAUGGAACGCUGUUAAUCUUUACGGUUUGAAAUUGAGACCUCGCGGUUAUUAUAAAGGUUAUAGCGAUACAUGCAAUCCAAACGCUUUGAAUGAAUUUGCAACGGCCGCAUUUAGAUUAGGACAUAGUUUAUUAAGACCCCAUUUGCCCAGAAUGAAUCCCGCAUACAAACUCAUGGAUCCACCAAUUUUAUUAAGAAAUGGUUUUUUUAAUCCCGACAUGAUGUAUCAGCCAAAUAUGGUCGAUGAAAUAAUAAGAGGAUUGAUAACGAGUGCGGUGGAAACACUGGAUCAAUUUAUUACUGGAGAAAUAACGAAUCAUUUAUUCGAAGACAAACGAAUUCCAUUUUCAGGAAUAGAUUUAGCUGCUUUGAAUAUUCAAAGAGGCAAAGAUCAUGCUAUAAGAGGCUACAAUGACUACAGAGCUAUUUGCAACCUUAAAAAGGCACAGACGUUUGAAGAUCUUGCAAGAGAAAUACCUCACGAAGUUAUUGUUAGAUUAAAGGCAAUUUAUACUCAUGUCGACGACAUCGAUUUAUUUCCUGGAGGAAUGAGCGAAAGACCUGUACAAGGUGGUAUAGUAGGCCCGACUUUUGCUUGCAUAAUAGGAAUCCAAUUUAGACAGCUAAGAAAAUGCGACAGAUUCUGGUACGAAACUGAUAAUCCGGUGACAAAGUUUACCGAACAGCAAUUAGCAGAAAUAAGAAAAAUAACUUUGUCUAAAGUAUUAUGCGAAAAUAUGGAACAUCCGGAAGAUAUUCAAAGAGCAUCUCUCGAUCAACCAAGUAACUUCUUGAAUCCUAAAGUGCCUUGUCAUUCAAUUCCCGACAUCGAUUUAAAUGCCUGGAGAGAUGUUGUAGAUGAAUGUACAAUAAAUGGAAGGAAAGUUCCAAUGAAUGGAAUAACCGUUUCUACUCCUUGCACGAGUUGUAAAUGCACACCACAUGGAGCUCAAUGUGCCUCAUUAAGAAUACCUGAUUGUAAUCAAUUGGUAAGAGAUUGGUCGAAAGAAGCAAUAUUACUCGAUGAUGUUUGCACAACUCAAUGCGGUUUUCUCCUUCACGACGAUUCGCUAUUACCAAGAGAAUUAAAUCCUCCACCGAUUCCCGAUACCGUAUAUCUAACGAACACGCUUAAUUUAAAUCAAAGACCUGUGAGAGGUCGAAGGUUAUUACCUUUUGAUUUAAUACCACCUCCUCAAAGAACGUCUAGACCAGUUAGAAGAAAUCGAUAUCAAAUAUAUCCAGAUUACAAAAUACCUCAAUUUUUUGGAAGAUGA